GUGCACAAGCCACCAUUCGCGGCCGGGGCUGUCAAUCACCAGGUCCCGGCCGGUGAUUACCUGUCUGCACCGGGGGAUUACCGAGGAUCUCUGACGGGGAGGAGGGCUGCUUUUUUUACUAACAGUCCUCCUCCCUCUUGGCUCAAGAAAACUGCUCUGGAGGACUAGCAGUGUGCUUACAGUGAAGCACCAACACACUGCCCCCCAGUAAAGCACUCCCAGAACACAGUUACCCCUUUGAUCACCCCUCAUGUUAACCCCUUCCUGCCCACUGCCAUUAGUACAGUGUCAGUGCUUUUUUUUUAUCACUGAUCACUGUAUUGGUGUCACUGGGGAUGUCAGUGACACUAAAUCAGUUCCCCCCAGUAUCAGAAAGCCUGCCGCAGUCCCCACAAGU